UUUACCCCACUUUGGGCUCAUUGAGGCUCAGAAGCUAAGCUAGCCGCUUGCCGCUGCUGCCUCCACAUGUUAACUCGGCGUUCAGCAAAUUUGCUUCCACCACGGCGGGAUUUGGAAAUGGAACCGGCCCGUCUGCUUCACUGACAUGACCUCCACGCCAACCUGACCGCGCGCCUCAGCCAGAGCCGCCGAAGCGAAGGAGGAGAGGCUUCCUGAUGUCCACAAACAACACAAGCUCCGGGUAGUCUUGACAACAGCUGCCUCCCGUUGCUAACUCAAGUUCCUCCUCCGCUCGCGGAUGAGGCAGCCCGCCGGUUGAUUCAGCCUGAACGAUCUCCAUGCCCAUUUCUCCCCCACGAGGACGCGCGCGAAGAGGGAAAUCUCGCUGUUCAUGUUUCGCCAAGAAGUCAGUGUGGCGUCUUUCAUUCCAUCUUGUUCGUAUCUGUUCCAACACGAGAAGAUGAAUAUGUCCAGAUAUAACGUGUACAGCCUCCUGGAUUGGGUCUACGGCGGGGUGGACCCCAAGUUUGAGGGGAACGGAGGCCCCGAGUGCGCAGCCUUCCUGACGCCCCAGCAGCGCGCCGGCGAGAGUCUGGUGAUCCUCCUCAUCUCCCUGCUGGAGAUCUGGCUGUCUCUGAGGAAGGUCAACCCUUCCAGGGACUUCAGGGCGACCGGGAGGGACUGCACACGGAAGGAGGACAGUCUUGGGAAGAACCUGCUGCUGGUUGCCCUCUGCAUGACUUUUGGUGUGGAGGUUGGCUUCAAGUUUGCCACCAAGACUCUGAUCUACCUGCUGAACCCCUGCCAUGUGGUCACCAUGGUUCAGAUCUUCCUACUGGCCUGUCCGCCGUGUCAGACAGCGAUGGUUGUGUUCAGGCUCCAGGUCCACAUGCUGAACGGAGCAUUCCUGGCUCUGAUGUUCCCGGUGGUCAACACCAGACUGCUGCCGUUUGAAAAGGAGGUCUACUACAUCCAGCACUCCAUGCUCUACUUAGUGCCUCUUUAUCUUUUCAGGAAAGGAGGUGUGUACAAGCCGGAGCCUUUGGGGGACAUGUGGUGGGCGCUGCUCUCCACCGGCAUCCUGUUCUUCUACCAUUUCACCUUCCUGCAGGUGCUUGGCCUGUGGACCGAGGUCAACCUGAACAACAUGCUGUGUCCGGCCGUGUCCGACCCGUUCUACGGGCCGUGGUACCGCGUGUGGGCCACGGGCCACCAGACCCUCCUGACUCUGAUCCACGGGAAGCUGCUGACGCUCCUGUCGCAGCACCGCGGCGCCGCCUGCAGCCACCUGCUGGACGCACUGCGCCUGCGCAGCAAGAAGGUGGACUGAGAGUUCCACAGCGGAUUUUUAGUUUUUUAUUUUUGUUUUUUAAAUAAAAAGCAAGCGUUUUAAUGCAUCUUUUAGAACCGUUGAAGGGACCAUUCAGGGCGAGUGAAUGGCUGCGCUCUCGCUGGCUUGCAUAUUUGCUCACAUGCAUUGUAAAGCUGGUAAUUGAGGUUCUGUGGGCGGAUGGGUAUGGCGUGAUGUUUAUCCACGCGGCCUCUUCAGGCAGACGGCGUUUUAAAGUUAGUUUUUACUGUGCGCUCCGUGUCAUGACUGAAAAAAAAAAGAACCGGUGGCGUUUCUGAAAGCUUUUUAGCUUCUUCUUCUUCCACCAGUUUGCUCAGAACAUUCCAGACCCGAUCACCAGGAUCUCUCGUGCUUUCUUUCGUCUGUUAUUUAAAGACUUUGCUGGGUUUGUUUGGCUGUCGUUUGUCAGCUCUGGAUACAAUGUGCUGGAAAUCACGCCACAAAUUUAUAUAUAUAAAAAAAAAAACACACAUACUCAAUGUCGUGCAUGAAGUCACUUUGCUUUAUUUAUUGAUUUCUGUUUGAAAGUGUUAAAAAAAAGAAAAUGGUAAAAGUUUCAAAGAUGAGAGGUCCGUAUUACUGUAGCAUAUCCUUUACUGUAACGCAGGAAGAAAAGGAACUUUUGGAUUUCUGUCUGUUCAAGUCCUUGUGCUGUAACGACAAUUAAAGGGAUUUCCUUUCA